AUGGUUGCAACGGCAAGUGCUGCUGUUCUGUUUGUCUUGAUAUUGAGUGGAUAUGCAUCGCAGAUGUUAAAACGAGAAGUCGAUUUAUUGGACAUGUUACGAACGCCUCUUAUGCUCAGCUUCACUCGAGAUAGCGCAUUCAUUCCACAACGUAUCGGGCAAAACGAACCUCGUCUCUCGCCUACUAACGCUCCGACACGCGACGAGACUUCAGCCGCAGUCCGAUUAACACAUUCAUGGUAUUUUCGGUAA